UUUUGGGGGAGGAGUGUCUUUUUUGUAAGGAUUUAUAAUGAAUUGAAGAUCUUCAAACAUUUACUACUCUCAAGUUUUAGAUGAUUUAAUGAUAUUUUUUCGGCAUUUGAAAUGAGGAGCUAUCCACUCUUUUCCUUUUACUUCCAGGGAAAUGUGGUGUGUUGUUACCUUCAUUGAUGAGGACGACUCAGUUGGCAUCAUCUGUCAGUCAUGGCUCCAAAAUCCCAUUGAUGAUGGGAGAGUGCCCUUGGAACGCCUCAAAAAUGUAUCGUGCAUGUACCCCGUUCGCAUUGACAGGAAUGCAUUCAAAAAAUUACUGCUACAGCAAGGAGCUUCAAUGUCAGGUUGGGAGCCACAAAGGAUAAACAUUCUCAAAUAUAAUAUCGGUUCCUUAACAGAAGCUGUCAAAACGCGCAGAAAAGCAGCAGAUACAUCAAAUUUGGACACUACUGAUUCAGAAGACCUCGGACGGGCUAAGAGGAAACGUCUACCUAAUUAAAAGUAUGCGUCUAGUUCCUCCGACGCUAAGCAACCUUCUAAAACAGGCCGCGUAGGGCCAGCCAAAAAUUUUGACUCAGUUCCUUUCCCAGUAAGUAGCACAAGUACGCCGCGGAAAAUACAUUCUCCCCUACCUCAAUCAACUCAAAAAGUUAAUCCUAAAAACACGGCUACUUCUGCAAAACUGACAUCCAUUCAAGGCAAAGUUGAUGCUCUCCCUAAUGUUGCUGAUGUGCAUAGAAAAAUAAUUGCUGCUUCCGUUGCAGCUCCAAGACAUAAUCCUAACAACACGGCUACCUCUGUAUAACUGACUUCUACAGGAGGCAGAGUUGAUGUUCUCCCUAAUGUUGCUGAUGUGCAUAGAAGAAGAGUUGCCGCUUCUGUUGCAGCUCCAAGAGAUAAUCCUAACAACACGGCUACCUCUACAAAACUAACCUCUAUAGAAGGCAAAAUCGAUGCUCUCUCUAAUGUAGCUGCUGUGAACAGAAAAAUAAUUGCUGCCUCCGUCACAGCACUUGAAGGAAUAUCAAGCGAUAUGAAAGAGCUGUCAGAUCUGCUAAGGAACUUCAUAGUGCUAGAGGUGGGGAAAAGGAAUGACUUAGUUGUCUCAAAAUUGCCUCUCACGACACACGAAAAUUUAGUUGCAUUCGAAGCAGAUCUAGAUGGAGCAACUUUUCGCCUUGAUGCAGUGAACUGGUUGUCCUUAAAGAUCAAGCAGACUUUAAGUGAAUCAGUUCUUAACAUACUUAAAGGAAUGUUUACCGAUGAACUUGUUUUUCGAUAUUCAAUGCAGGGCUUCAAAAGGAAGACACGGUUGGAUUUAUAUAAAAACAUCUUGGAUGUAAUUAAACUUGCUGUACGCUCAAAAUAUCCCACUGUCACUGAUGAUGACAUCUUCAAACCACUUAAGAGUUGGUUUGCACAUGCGAAACAACGGCUUAAAGACUCUGGCCGAUGUGUAAGUGGCCCUCAAGACGACACUGAAGAGGACUGUGACACUCAAGACAACAUUGAAAAUGUUCAAGACAACAUUGAAAAUGUUCAAGACAACAUUGAAAAUGUUCAAGACAACAUUGAAAAUGUUCAAGACAACAUUGAAAAUCUUCAAGACUACUUUGUAACCCCCGUUAUGGACAACACUGAACGCAAUGAUGGCAACAACGUCAAUCCCAACCGCAAUAAUUUGCAAAAUAGUCAAGAUCUCCUCAGCUAUGAUCUCGAUUACUCCCUGAUCAAUGAUCUCGAUGAUGAUAGUGAAACGUAUUUUCCAGGUUUUGCUAACUAAGUGUAGCUUCUUAAUUCUCAGGUAAUAAGUUAAGAAUUUUGAUUUUGGAUAUCCUUUAUAUAAGAAACUACAUUUUUUCUCAUUUAAUUACUGCCGCGCCGCUUAGUAGUGGUCAGGUUCGGUAAAGCAAGUCUGAUUUUCUUAAGUAGCUGUUCUCAUAAAGCGCCUAUGAAAGGAAAAGGGUGAAUUUAUUUAAAAAUUUACUCAUUUUUAUUCUUUGUGAAAUUUAAGUCAAUUGUAGCUUGUUUCUGAUUACCUCGUUCGUUACAAAGCAUUCACAAAUGAUUUGUACUUAUAUCGAAUCUCGAAAUUAUGAGCUAAAAAUUGCUGCGCCUUAGAAUUGCCAAAGCAUCAAACUGUUAUUACAGUAAGCGGUGCCGUUUGUAUUUUUUGUCAAUGUAACAGACUUAUUUUUUCUCCUCUUUUUUAUUUUUUUGGUUAUCUUUGUUUAUGUUUUUUAUAUUUUUCUACGGCUCUUUAGUCAAAUUCUAAAACUGUGCUAUUCUAUUAUUUAGUCGUAUUGCGUUAACUUUUAUAGUUGUUUACUAAGUAAUUCGUGGGGCUGAAUUGGGAAUAAAUGAAAAAUGUUCAUUAAGACAGGAUUUUCCCUAUAAGUUGACAUCUCAACGGAAAACCGGAUUCUUGGAAUGGCCGAAGAGAGGGAAGCUUUUCAAUACAUGUAAAUAGAGUUAUACUUAGUCAA